UUUUACUCAUUUAUGUGCACAUGAUGUUACAUGUGCCAACUAGAAUUGUCAUGAGCCGGUAUUUUUCAUUCACUGAUCAGCUGUAUAUUAGUGUCUUGUGAGCUUUCACUUGAUCUUUUUUGAUAAAGACACCGGGUUUUUAAAUAAUCUUUUGAAAAUUUACAUUGUUGUGUUAAUAAUUUUAUUUGAAAUAAAUUGAAUUUUUUCUGAAAAAAAAAAUUUAUUAUGUUUGCCACAACUUUAGUAAAGGAAAGUCUGUCAAGAUGUAUUGUAUCUACUAUUAAAAGAACUCCUAAAGUAUAUUUUGCCAAUUCAGUACGAUUUUCUACAUCGACAUUUUUUAAAGCUCGUAAAUAUACAGAAAAACACGAAUGGAUUGAUGUAAAAGAUAAUAUUGGAACUGUUGGAAUUUCAAAUUAUGCUCAGGAAGCAUUAGGAGAUGUAGUGUAUGCUGAAUUACCAACUGUAGGUACAGAAGUUAAAGUUAAAAUUGAUUGUGGUGCUUUAGAAAGUGUAAAAGCUGCUAGUGAGCUUUAUAGUCCUUGCUCUGGUAAAGUCAUUGAAGUAAAUUCAUCUAUUGAAACACGACCAGCAUUGAUUAAUCAAUCUUGUUAUGAAGAAGGUUGGCUUUUCAAAAUAGAGUUAUCCUCCCCUGAUGAAUUAGUAAAUUUGAUGACAGAAGAGCAGUAUGCUGAAUUUCUUAAAAAAGAUUGCUGUUAAUCUUAAUUGUUUUUUUAAUUUUUAAUGCAAAUUAAUUAUAAAGAGUAAUAUUUACUAUAUACAACAUUAGUGUUUUUUUUAUUAUUAUGUAAAAAUUACUGAAUUUGAAUAUGAAUGUAUAUCUAAUAUAUUAUAAAUUGUCAGACACUUUAUUAUUUUAUAUAUAAAAUAUAAAUCAUGCUAAUUUA